CCGUUUCCGGUGCCCAGCACUGGCAGCGAAUGACUUCCCCCUCUGCGGGGCCGGGGCCGGAACCGGGCUCGCCGCGACGCCCCGGAGCCCACGGCCGCGUCGUGCCCGCGGGCGAAUCCGCCACAUCGAGGGUCCCACCAGCGCUGGGGACCAUGGCCACCGACUCGUGGGCUCUGGCGGUAGACGAGCAGGAAGCGGCGGCUGAGUCGUUGAGCAACUUGCAUCUUAAGGACGAGAAAAUCAAACCGGAUGCCAAUGGUGCUGUUGUCAAGACCAAUGCUAAUACAGAGAACACAGAUGAAGAAGAAAAAGAGGACAGAGCUGCCCAGUCAUUGCUCAACAAACUGAUCAGAAGCAACCUUGUGGAUAACACAAACCAAGUGGAAGUCCUACAGCGGGAUCCCAACUCCCCCCUCUACUCUGUGAAGUCUUUUGAGGAGCUCCGGCUGAAACCGCAACUUCUCCAGGGAGUCUAUGCCAUGGGUUUCAACCGGCCAUCCAAGAUCCAAGAGAACGCUUUGCCUUUGAUGCUUGCUGAACCCCCACAGAAUUUAAUUGCCCAGUCUCAGUCUGGUACUGGUAAAACAGCUGCUUUUGUGUUGGCCAUGCUCAGCCAAGUGGAACCUGCGAACAAAUAUCCCCAGUGUCUGUGCCUUUCCCCAACAUAUGAACUUGCCCUUCAAACCGGAAAAGUGAUUGAGCAGAUGGGCAGAUUUUACCCUGAACUGAAACUAGCUUAUGCUGUUCGAGGCAAUAAAUUGGAAAGAGGGCAGAAGAUCAGUGAGCAGAUUGUCAUUGGCACCCCAGGGACUGUCCUGGACUGGUGCUCCAAACUCAAGUUCAUUGACCCCAAGAAGAUCAAGGUGUUUGUUCUGGACGAGGCUGACGUGAUGAUAGCCACUCAGGGCCACCAGGAUCAGAGCAUCCGCAUCCAGAGGAUGCUGCCCAGGAACUGCCAGAUGCUCCUUUUCUCUGCGACCUUUGAAGACUCUGUGUGGAAGUUUGCCCAGAAAGUGGUCCCAGACCCGAACAUUAUCAAACUGAAGCGCGAGGAGGAGACUUUGGAUACCAUCAAGCAGUACUACGUCCUGUGCAACAACAGAGAUGAGAAGUUCCAGGCCCUGUGCAACCUGUAUGGGGCCAUCACCAUCGCUCAGGCCAUGAUCUUCUGCCACACCCGCAAAACAGCCAGCUGGUUGGCAGCAGAGCUGUCAAAGGAAGGCCACCAGGUGGCCCUGCUGAGCGGAGAAAUGGUGGUGGAGCAGAGAGCAGCCGUGAUUGAGCGCUUCCGAGAGGGCAAAGAGAAGGUUCUGGUGACCACCAACGUGUGUGCCCGCGGUAUCGAUGUUGAACAAGUGUCUGUCGUGAUCAACUUUGAUCUUCCCGUGGACAAGGAUGGGAACCCAGACAAUGAGACCUACCUGCACCGGAUCGGGCGCACCGGCCGCUUUGGCAAGAGGGGCCUGGCCGUGAACAUGGUUGACAGCAAGCACAGCAUGAACAUCCUGAACAGAAUCCAGGAGCAUUUUAAUAAGAAGAUAGAAAGACUGGACACGGAUGAUUUGGAUGAGAUUGAGAAAAUAGCCAACUGAGACGUUCUACCUGUCACUGGUGUCCUCCCUUGGCACAGGCCCUGCUGGGAGAUGAGAGCUUUCACAGCCAAGACCUUGACUGUCCCCGAGAAGAUGGCGCGUGUAGAAACUACCUACCUCAUUUUAAAUUAUGUUUGGACUUGACAAAAAUUUGUGCAAAUGAUGGGGGAUGGUAGAAAAAUUGUUGACAAAACUCUGGAAGAUUAGGCGUGAAUACACAGAAAUUUACCCUUUGCAAAUUUUGUCUUUUUUUUUUUUUUUUUGGCCCAUCAUUAUGCUAAUGUAGAUGCUGUGGCCAGUUUCUUGCCCAGAGUACCGUAGAGCAGCUCCUGCCUGUUCUAUGGCUUGGAGCUAUAGGGCAGUCUCCCUCCCAUUUGAAGUGGCAGUAUAGUGGUGAAGUUGAAGCAUUAGGGAGAGGCCCAAGUAGGAUAGGUGGGUAAGCCAGCCCCUAUGUUUAGAGGAGGCCUGAAGCUGCAUUGGAGGCCUGUGAGCUCUUUUUUGCUUUGGGUAUAGGCGUUCUUUUAGGUGGUACUUGGCCCCAUGUCCCAGUCCCUACAAACAGGAAGGAAUGGGAUCUGCUAAGCAAAGAUCAGAAUGCCCACUUCUGGGUCCUGGUAUGUGGUCUUAGUUUGCAGGUCUCUAACUUGUGUUUUUUAGCAGGUGCCAUCUGUGUAUAGUGUGUUUCUGAUUACUGGUGGGUCCUUUACUUGUGCUUGAGCUGUUUCUGUGGAGAAUUAGUGGUCAAAAGGUGGUCUCAGAGGUCUCUACAUCAUCUUUACAUUUCUGACAUCACCUUGUCCCUUUAGUAGCCCCAAAGUAAAAACAAAAGAGGUGAGUUGAGGUUUGGGUCCCUACUGAAUUUUGUGGUUUACGUCUCUAAUAGCCAGCCUCAGAACAGCUCUAAAUGUGUCAGCAAUAGAUACAAGUGCUUGCUUUUCUUCAGAUUUUAGAAGGCAAGUUUUGUCAGUGCAGGGAAAUGACUUUUGAUAUUUGGCUUUUUUUUUUUUUUUAAUAUUUAUUGAUCUAUUUCAAAGUUUGUCAGAGAGAGAGGGAGAGAGAUCUUCCAUCUGCUGGUUCACUCCGCAGAUGGCUGUAACAGUCAGGGCUGAGUCAGGCUGUAGCCAGGAGAUAGGAGCUUCAUCUAGAUCUCCUAUGUGGCUGGUAGGGGCCCAGGCACUUGGGCCAUCUUCUGCUUUUCCCAGGCCAUUAGUAAGGAACAGGAUUGGAAGCAGAGCAGCUGAGACACGAACUGGUACCCAUAUGGGAUGCCAGUGUCGCAGGCUGCAACUUUACCUGCUACACCACAAUGUUGGCCCAAACAUUUGUUGUCUUGGUUGUAAAGGGAUUCUGAAUAUCUGUGUUCACAGUGCUUGGGAUACGUAUAAGUGCAGCUGUGAGACUAGAUCGACUACAGCCAUUCGUGUGUCCAAGGCAAGUAUAAUCACCAUUGCCUUUGCUUGUCCUUUACUUGGCUUCUUUGUGCAGAACAGUUAGAGUACAUAGCAGUGAUGGACACUUCCUCAUGCCUGGCCAAGGCUGUUGAUACCCACAGAGUGACCAAGCAAAGAUGAGUUGAAACUGAGUUACCAGAGCAUUGUGGAACCUCAGCCAAAGGAAUCUGUGGCCACUUUAUGUAUAGGAGCUAGAAGAGGAAUUUCAUGUGAUGAGGAUUGUUUUCUUUUUUAAAGAUUUGUAUUGAUUUUAAAGGCAGGGUUACAGAGAGAGUAGUGGAGACAGAGAGAAAGAGAUUUUCCAUCUGUUGAUUCAUUCCCCAAAUGGUUACAGUGGCUAGUGCUGGGUCAGAUAGGAGCCAGAAGUUUCUUCUGGGUCUCCCAUAUGGGUACAGGAGUCCAAGUACUAGGGCUAUCUUUGGUUGCUUUCCCAGGCCCAUUAACAGAGAGCUAGAUUGUAAGUAGAGCAGCCGGGAUUCGAACCUACACACCCAUAUGGGAUACCAGCAUCGCACGCAGUAGCUUUACCUGCCAUGCUGCAAUGCCAGCCACUGAUGAGGGCUGUUUUGAUCCCAGAUCUUCCUUGUAAAUAUUCUGUGUGUUAGGGCCAGCUCGGUCUCCUGGGAAAGAGGAGGCCUUUCUGAGCCUCCAGGUGGUUUCCUUAAUUCUGAAAUGACAGAAACCCCCCAGACUGCCAAAUCUGCACCGUUUCACAGGAGGCACUUCACUGUAUAGUGUUGUGUGCUUCUGGUCAACUCUGAUCCAUCUUGAGAACCUUGUGAGAAGAAAGUGUAUGUUCUUCCUGAAGUUUUAAAGAAAUAUGGACUCUUCCUCAGGCGGCAGGCUUCACACCCUCCCCCUUUCCUCACGACAUCUGUAGCCCUAAAUCUGAGCAGAGUGGGAAGUAGUGUGCUACAGGCUGUUUAAUAGUGGGAGCAAAUCUGUGUCUUGUAGAAGUAGAGAUCACCAUUUCUUACUCUGGGGUUUUGGAUCUCUAGGAAUUCACUAGAUGGCUUUCUUGGGGUCUUCAGAAGUAUAUGCUGUAGUUUGAGUAAACCUGUUUUCCUGGGUAGACUCCCAACGGAAAAUGUGCCUUUAAAAAAGGUAAAAUCCACUUGUGUAUGGCUCUGGAAUGUCACUUCAGUGUCACUACAGUCCACAUUUAUUCUUGCUGUUGCCUGGCUCCCAGGGCUCAAUUGUCCAUAGCUGCCUCAGUGACCUUGUGCAGCCUAGAGACAUACAUCAGUGAGGUAAAGAUGUAUUGUGCUUGGUGCCCUUCAGUCUCCAGGCAUUCUUUACUGAUUUUAGUAAGUUUUUAUAUUUGAAAAAACUACUCUAAAACAGAGAAACUUGGAAAAAGGUAAUUUUGGUCUGAUGCAACGUUCUAGUUGUUUGUUAUUCAUAAAUAGUGGAUUUUCUUUUUUACUUAGUGUCUUUCAUUACCUGUAUGCAUAAAAGCUAAAACGUUGAUGUAUUCUUUAUCAAUGUCAAUUGAACUUAAUUAUGAAGUAUUCAUGUUAUUUAGACAUAAUAAGCAUAAGAAGGAAAGAACAGUAUGUUUUUGGCUGUUGGUAUUAGUAAUCAUAUAUAAUGAAGAGUCACAUGUUAUUCCUUAGGCUAGUUCUGACCAGAUAUUAUUAUUCUAUUUCAGAGUUGACAUUGCUUCAGCAUGAGUAUUUGGGAUGUCUCCAUAAGCCAAGGGCCCUGCUCAGUGGCAGAGGGUUACUCGUAUUCCUUUUCUGCUGGUAAGCCAGAGGAUGCGGGCUAACUAUUCAGAAGGAAGGUAGUCCCAGUACAUACGAAGCAUUUACUUUCCAUUCUUCUAGUCCUAGGAAAGGAAAAGAAACAGGGUUUGGAGAUAGGUCUUCUCCCUAGUUUUUUUUUUUUUUCAAGUGACAAGAAAAGUGCACUUAGCAGGAGAUGGGAAUAUCAAGACUAAAAGCAAGUUUACCAGGAUUACCAUGGAUACUGGUGGGAUAGUGAGCAGAGCAGCCUGGCUGUGUGGGCAGAGAAAAGUCUCAUCAGGUACAAAAUAAAUAUCUGAUUGUCUGAA